AUGUCUUUUACAGACAACAUGGAAAAAGUUGCAUUGGCACUUUUCAUAGGAACUGCAUUGCUUGCUAUUACCAGUGCGACUGUAUCUGACAAUUGCCUCAAAGAACAAGAUGGCUGCUGCACUCAAUGUCUCCCAGGUAACCAAAAGACUUCUAUAUUCUGCAAAACACCUUCGUACGAGAUCAUAUUUCAGUCUUCUAUUUGUAUAGAUAUCUAUGUGAACAGACUUUAUUGAAACACUCGUAGUACUCUACCAACUUCUGUACUGGUUAUGUUGCCAGAAGUUUUCUGGCAACCCCCAUUUUUCAAACAGUAUGACCUCUUACCUUGGGUCUGCCUUUACAACCAUCGUCCUAUAGGUUAAUUUCCAUUUGCUUGCAAGCUAAGCACCAUGACCAGUUCAGUGUUUUUGAACUAGUCAUGGAGCUCAGAGUCUGUUGAGAUGACAGAUUCUACACAUACAAUGACAACAUCUCCCUCCCCCUGUGCUUCCCAAGCCUAUCCUCCUGACCGUCCUUCCUCCUACCCUAUAGUAGACAUGUGAAAUUCAUUUUGGUCCAAAUUUAAAUUCGGAUGAAUUCCGGAAACUCAGACAUUCGGAUGCUUCCGAAUUCCCGAAGUGCUUCGGAUUUCUUUCGGAUUUCUGAAAAGUGGCAGAACAGGGGAGGGAGGGAAAAUUAAGGGAAUGAUGACAGGAAUCUAACCCUAACCCUACCCCUUCCCUAACCCUAGUAGGGUUGGGUUAGAGUUAAGGGUUGGGUUAGGGGUAGGGUUAAGGGUUGGGGUUAAGGGUUAGGUUCUGGUUGGCUUAGGGGUAGGGUUAGGCUUUGGGAAUUGCCGAAGUCCUGAAUUUCGGAAGUGCCGAACUGAACCAUUUUUUGCCAAUGCACAUCCCUAACCUAUAGUGAGGGAAGAAGUGACAUCGAUGGAGGAGGAUUUUUUUUUGUGGUGGGGGAUUUCAAGUCAGCAAGGGUAAUUAAUGAAAAAUGGUGUUCUCAAACAGUUUAACCCUAAAGCACCUCUGCCCGGCGGCACUGGUGAAUAAGGGAAUCAUGACAUGUCACACACGUCGUGUCCUUAAGGGGGUUAAGCAAAUCUUCAUGGUGGGUAUAUAUAAACCUUGAGUCAUAGAUGGUUUAGUGAGAAAUAAUGAGCUAGGUGUAAUUCACUGAAUAAUCAGUAGAGUUGUAGAUUUGUUUAGAACUGCUUUUAUGUCCUGCAUUUUUCCAACUUGUAUUUUAAGUCACUAUGAGUAACUGUUUGCACAUCUGCCCAAGCUUUUUAUAUAAGUAAAAAGAAAAUUAAAUUAAAGGUUCAUGAAUUUUGUUUGGGAGUUUCUUGAAUGAGUCUGUCAGUUUUGUAUAUCUUGUAAUCCCCAUUGUUGCAGUGAUUUGUGUGAGUCACUUAUGAAACUAUAGUUUUUGAAACCUGAUAUUUAUAAAAAACUUUUUAUUUUUCACAUCUAUACUCGAAAUAAUCUAUGAAUAAUACUUGUAGUAAUAAUAAUACUUGUAAUUGACACCUUGUAGAUUUUUAUUUUUGUAAGACGUUACAUUUGCAAACAGAUAUGUUACAUUAACUUUGCUAUAAAUCUGUUAAAAUGUACAUCUGCUUGAACGAUUUGGCAAAACGGGUGUAUUUCAGAGGUUAUUUAUUGAAAAGUAUGUAUGCUAUGGUUAUAGAUCAACUUGAGUGCUAAAAGGGAAUUGUGACUUCCUAGUAUUUGUUUCUAAUGUGUUUACUUUACUUUUCCUGGCACUAUAGCUCCCUAUAGUGUUUCUCUCUCUCGCAGGCAUAGUGGUAUGUGCCAAAAAGAGAGGCAUGAUCCCUAAAGAUGGUGCAUGGCAGGGUGGCUGCUUGUAUCAUUCUGGGCUACCCAUGCACAGAACACUUUUGAAUUGUACUCACACUACGGUGACUUGGGACAUUUCUCCUAAAGAUGCAGGACACAAGGGAACAAACCUGGGAUUGCAAAACAGAACCCCAAAUUCAGGAAGGUGUUCCUGAACCCAGGACAACUGGGAGGUUGGAUAUUUUAAAGGAGCACUAUAGACCCCCAAACCACUUAAUCUCAUUGAAGGAGUCUGGGUGCAGUAUCCCUGUCCCCCUUAGCCCUGCAUUGUAAAUCAUUGAGUUUUAGAGAAACUACAACAUUUGCAUUGAAAGGCUAAGCCUGCUUUUAGUUGCUGUCUACAAGACAAACACUUCUUGUAAAUCCCCACAGGAAAGCAUUGAGUCAAUACUUUUCCGUUGGGAAAGCCUAAUGCGCUCGCCAUGCAUGCACAUAAGGUUCACCCCAUCAGCUGACGUCAGCGGAGGAGGAGAGAAACCAAGCUCAGAGUUGAACCUUUAAAACACAUCUAUUUUUCCCGUUCAUCCAAAAUAUGAUUCAUAAUCACGCUGCUAUGAAUUUAAUAGGACAGUAUCCAAUUGCAAAAAUAAAUAAACAUGAGGGGGAAGGAUUGUUUUAGUUUUUUAAUUAAUGUAUAUUUUUUUUAAUUAAUUUUUCACAAGAUAAGGAGCUCAACAUAUUUACUUCAUUCUUGUAGCUACAGCAUUAUUUUUUACAAAAAUGUACAACCACAUUUUACGUUGUUUUCUAAUAAUAGAUGUGCUUGUUACACAAUUCUUAUAAUUGUUACCCAAUUUUUGUUUGAGGGAACCACAAUAGUUAACACCGCCCUACAAAUUAACCAUGAUGAUUACUGAAAAUAUUCUAGAUUACUUUUUUUUUUUUUUUUAAAUUCAUUUUCUUUUUUUCAAAGACCAAAUAAGACAAAUAUAAUGAAACAAACAUAAAUGACAAUAAUAUAAACUUAUUUAAUUCACUAUGAAGAAGCAAACUGUACUUUAUAUACAUAUAAAAGUCAGCAUGUAAGAAUGUGGCACAAAGUCAACAUGUGAUGUUUAUUUUUGUAACAGACCUAAAGCGCAUGAUAUUAUCCGCUUUAGUACAAGUAUUAUGUACUUUGGGUCAUGUAGUAUUGAUUAAACAACUGUAGGCAUCAGGCAAAGGCUUCAACAUUUGUGUAGAUUGAGCAACAGGACACAUAUCAACAACAAAGAUCAUUACAUAGUAAAUAAAUCGUCCUCUUCACCUCCUGGUGGUUCAUCUGCCAGGAGAAGACAGCAAGCGUACAAUGCUGAGGUCUAUGGGAAAAUUACAGCAAGAUCACUGUAUCUUCGAUAGAAAGAGCAUGGUUCCCCUCAGCUGUCACUGGUGAUGGCUGAGAGCUCGACCAAAGGCAGUUGCGCCUUUUGUCAAGCAUGAGUUGGAAGUGCUGCCUAAAUUUGUGUGUUUGUCCUUUGGAACAGUUUUUUUUUUUUUCAGUGCAUUUAGAAUAACAGACUCGCAUGGGGUACAGUGGAGUAUAUAGGGGAACUUGCACAAUUUGUGAUAAUUCGUGAAAUUACGUUGUACAAAGUUGUAUGUCAGAUGUUUAGGUAAGUGGUAAGCUAACCGUCUUGUUCAUUGCAUGCUAAAUAGUUAUGUAGCUCUGCGUUAAUGGUGUACAGCAUUGUUGAAGACAAGGGUGUGGAGUACAAUGAGUCGUAGCGCACAAUUUUUAGUAAAUAGGUAUAGUCAAGCUGUGUAACAUGUUGAAUUAUGAAUAGUAACUGUAGUUUUCUAUGCAUGUCUGGUGAUGCGUUUUUCGCAUGGUUAACAACUUAGCGGUGCUAGCUAGCAUUGCAGCCGGUUUUAGUGCUAUAAAGCUGGCAGACUGCACGUGUGCUCUAGACUUUACCUUAGUGCAGUGUUUCCCAACCCAGUUCUCAAGGCACACCUACCAGUCCAGGAUUUAGGGAUUACCCAGUUGUGUCUAAGGUGUUUUUUUUUCUUUUUUGUAAAAACACCUUAGACACAACUGGGUAAUCCCUAAAUCCUGGACUGGUAGGUGUGCCUUGAGGACUGGGUUGGGAAACACUGCCUUAGUGACUCUAUGCUUGGUUAAACAUGAACUAAUUAAUCAGCUUAAAAAUGUGAGAGAUUUGCUUUUCUCUAUUUAAUAAUUGUCAUAAGAGAGUACAGGAGGAGAGCAAGGAGUGAGAACAAGAGAUAAUAGUAAAACAUGCAAAAUAAUAUUUCAGGGCACAACAGACUGACAUAUCUUUAGCUUGGGUUGGUCAGGUGCAGUGUCCAUAAGUUUGGGAGCCCCGGUCAGCCUAUGCCAGUUUCCCUCAUAGCUGCGGCUCGCCUUAGGAGGUAUAGUGGCAGGCCUUUAGAUUCAUCAGUGUUCGCAUAGCGUGAGGGGGUUUCCUCUGGUGUCUCCAGCGCUUUGAGAGCUCUUUCCGCUAUCCUCCCUGUCUCCUUUGUUUGCUUUGGCCCUUGCCGGUGGAGGAAGCCGCUUACGGGUCGGGCAGCUCAUCUGUGUCUAGCCGCUUCCCUCUUCAACCGUGAGCUGGCUUGUGCAGGUGGGGGGAGGCUGCACUCUCCUCCGCUUGUUUCCUGCUCUCACCACUUUCGUUGCCGCAGGUCUCUGCUGGGUGCGUGGGGGUGAUUGCUUAGGUGGUGAACUGUUUUUUCUUGCCUGGUAGUCUGUCGUUGUUCUAUUUUGUUCCAAAAGGUGGCGAAUAUGCUGUCCAGUCGGGCCGCGAGAUCAGGUUACAUUUUAGUUGCACAAAUUAAAUUUUAGUUGCACAAAUUGUUAUUGAAGUCACCUAUUUCCCCCCCCAGAAAAGCCCUGCCCCUGGCCACACCCUUACCCACACCCCUAAAAUUAAGGCAUCCCUCUUUGUCCAUUUAAAAUGUUGGGUGGUAUGUUUCUGUUCCUGGUUUUCUUUCAAUGGAUAGACAGGGAGUAUUACAACAUUUAUUUUAAAGGCAAAUAUUGUUUUUCAAACUAGACAUUCCUGAAGAAAUAAGUGUGGAUUUCAAAUUAAUUGGUCAAAGCUCACCUUUCAGCACUUACAUUGUUAGUGUUCAUUACAUUAUUCAAGAUAUGACAUGCAUACACUUAUAAGUGAAUAAUCAUUAGACAAAACAAGCCGGGUUGUUUACUAAAGGAAAAAUUGAAAGUAAAUCCAAAGUAAAUGUAACAUCUUAAAAUAACUUAACUUGAAGCCCAGCUGACUUGGAGAAUGUUUCCAUCUCAAUCUUUGGCUAUUUGGCCUUAAAUUGGAAAUUCACUUUGAAUCCUCACUUAAGUGCAUAACCCUGAAUGAGGAAAUUACAGUAUUCAGAAAAGAGCAAACAUUGGUCUCCACUCCAUAAAUGUACAGUAAUCGUUUGUUUUAAUGUAAACACCACCCUUUCCAAUGUCUGAUCCUACUGGGCAAAUACCCAAACUGGGAGAAAAACCCAGAACAGACAUUUAUUUAUAGUGGUGGAUUUGUAGAGACCAACAUUUAUGUAAAAUAGGCAAUGGAAGAACACAUAAAAAAUCAUUUUUCAAAUCUUACAAAACAAGAAAAUCACACUAUACAGAGGAAUGUGCUGUUGGGUCAAAAAGGAACCACGAAUGGCCAUACCAAAUGAUGUUUAAAAAAAGAAAAUGAUAUUGCAUCACUCUAUACUGCAGAAUGGCGGAUGCAUAAAUGAGCAGCCGCUAGCAUCACUAGAAUGACCUAAGUGCCAGAGAGCAGAGAAAAUUAAAAUGUUAUGAAUUCAAAUCAAUGCAAGUAUGUGCAAUGGUGACAUCGGUGACAUGGAAGUGAUCAGAGUCUGAGAUCCUAAAUUUUCAAUAUUAAAAACCUGCAACAGGCAGCAUAGAAAUAAAAAGAAAAAAAGAGACCGCUUCUCAUACGUUUUUACUUGAGAUUCUUAGGUAUAGGUGGCUCGGGAUUUCUGUAUGUUUUAUAAAACAGGUGAGGUAUAUCAUUUAUGAGCUCUCCAGCACUUAUUGUUAAUAAUAAUUAGAAAAACAAACACAACAAAAACUAGCAACAGAAGCCUCUAGUAAGAAGCCUCUAGUUGGAAGGCAACAUAGAGCUAAACCUACAAUUGGCUCUGCCUUAAGAAAGAAAUAUUUCAUUACAGUUAUUCACUUAACUAGUGGGUGUCUUGCACAAUAUAUUUUCUUUGGUUAUUAUUAAUAAAACUGAUAUUUCUUUAAGACAAUCUUUUAAGGAAUUCCCUUAUCUUGACACUCCUGUGCUCAUUGUACAGGAGCUUAUUUUUAAUAUAUUUAUAUAAUUUUAUGUAAGUGUGGUGACAUAAAUUGCUUGGUACGAAGUUACUCUCCAUUUGACAAAGGAUAUGUACAUCUCUCAUUUUAGUGUGUGAAAGUUUUCAAACCAUUACACACCACUCACAAAGCACAGAAUAAUUUUUAUAUUAUUUUACAUCCUUUUUAAAUAAACCUAUGAUUUGUUGACUUAUGCAAUAUAUAAUUCAUUACCAACAGGCUUUCGACGUACUGCUGAAAAUUGUCAAAAGUGUGAUGCAUGUCCACUUUCAAGUUACAUGGAUGUACCAAACAGCAACUUCAACUGUAAAAGAUGCCGAAGUUGUGAAGGUACGUGAGAUAUAAUAACGUUUGGUAAAAUAUUCCAUUAAAUCAUGUAAGACAGGCAUGAUCAGCCUAUGACGUAGAUCAGUAAGUCUCCAGAAUAAUGGCACCAUCAAUUUUAGUCCAGUAUUAUUGGAAAAGUCUAGCGUUCAGUCAUCUUUAGAACUUAGUCAUACACAAGAUGUUCUUUAUCAAACUGAUCUAAUCUGUACCCCCUCUUUGUGUACAACAGCAAGUAUAUGGUUUGAUGUACUGUUUUGGAGUUUUGUUCCAAAAAUGCCAUUGAUAUCCCAAAACUGAAAUUCAGGAUGCAGUAUAUGUUUAACUAUUAUGGUUGCAAGUUUCAGUCUCCAGUCAUUCAUCAUAAUAAAUGGUCACUAUUAAGCUGACUAGUUGUAUAUUUGUUCAUUAGUUGCUACAGGGUAAGUCUGGGAUGGAGUGCAAGAUCCAUUGAACAUGAGAGAAGGAAGGGAGGGCUUUGCUUUAAAAAUAGUUAUGUACAGUUGCAAGAAAAAGUAUGUGAACCAUUUUGAAUGAUAUGGAUUUCUGCACAGAUUGGUCUUAAAAUGUGAUCUGAUCAUCAUCUAAGUCACAACAAUAGACCAUCACAGUCUGCUUAAACUAAUAACACACAAAGAAUGAAAUGUUGCCAUGUUUUUAUUGAACACACCAUGUAAACAUUCACAGUGCAGGUGGAAAAAGUAUGUGAACCCUUGGAUUUAAUAACUGGUUGAACCUCCUUUGGCAACAAUAACUUCAACUAAACGUUUCCUGUAGUUGCCGCUCAGACGUGCACAAUGGUCAGGAGUAAUUCUUGACCAUUCCUCUUUACAGAACUGUUUCAGUUCAGCAAUAUUCUUGGGAUGUCUGGUGUGAAUCACUUUCCUGAGGUCAUGCCACAGCAUCUCAAUCGGGUUGAGGUCAGGACUCUGACUGGGCCACUUCAGAAGGCGUAUUUUCUUCUGUUUAAGCCAUUCUGUUGUUGAUUUACUUCUAUGCUUUGGGUCAUUGUCCUGUUGCAACACCCAUCUUCUGUUGAGCUUCAGCUGGUAGACAGUUGGCCUUAAGUUCUCCUGCAAAAUGUCUUGAUAAACUUGGGAAUUCUUUUUUCCUUCGAUGAUCGCAAUCCGUCCAGGCCCUGACGCAGCAAAGCAGCCCCAAACCAUGAUGCCCCCCACCACCAUACUUCACAGUUGGGAUGAGGUUUUGAUGUUGGUGUGCUGUGCCUUUUUUUCGCCACACAUAGUGUUGUUUGUUUCUUCCAAACAACUAGUAUCAUUUGUCCACAGAAUAUUUUGCCAGUACUGCUGUGGAACAUCCAAGUGCUCUUGUGCAAACUGUAAACGUGCAGCAUUGUUUUGUUUGGACAGCAGUGGUUUCCUCUGUGGUAUCCCCAUGAAAUCCAUUCUAGUUUAGUGUUUUACGUAUUGUAGAUUCGCUAACAGGGAUGUUAGCAUUUGCCAGUGACUUUUGUAAGUCUUUAGCUGACACUCAAGGAUUCUUCUUCACCUCAUUGAGCAGUCUGCGCUGUGCUCUUGCAGUCAUCUUUACAGGACGGCCACACCUAGGGAGAGUAGCAGCAGUGCUGUUCUUUCUUGAUCCAUAGACAUUUUGUCUUACCGUGGACUGAUGAACAGCAAGGCUUUUGGAGAUACUUUUAUAACCCUUUCCAGCCUAAUGCAAGUCAACAAUUCUUAAUCGUAGGUCUUCUGAGAGCUCUUUUGUGCAAGGCAUCAUUCACAUCAGGCAAUGCUUCUUGUGAAAAGCAAACCCAGAACUGGUGUGUGUUUUUAUAGGGCAGGGCAUCUGUAACCAACACCUCCAAUCUCAUCUCAUUGAUUGGACUCCAGUUGGCUGACAUCUCACUCCAAUUAGCUCUUGUAGAUAUCAUUAGUCUAGGGGUUCACAUACUUUUUCCACCUGCACUGUGAAUGUUUACAUGGUGUGUUCAGUAAAAACAUGGCAACAUUUCAUUCUUUGUGUGUUAUUAGUUUAAGCAGACUGUGAUUGUCUAUUGUUGUGACUUAGAUGAUGAUCAGAUCACAUUUUAUGACCAAUUUGUGCAGAAAUCCAUAUCAUUCCAAAGGGUUCACAUACUUUUUCUUGCAACUGUAUUAAUGUUCACCCAUGAUUCAUGCUACUAGAGUUGGAUGAAUGAUCUGGACAAAAAAAUAACUUCUUCUCCAAGAGUCCAAUGUCCGGGGAUCCUACCAUGACACAUGACACACAGAAGACAAAAUAUUGCUGUCUGACAUUAAUGAGAACAAAUGCCAUAGUAGGUAGUCUAUCCACAAAGGGUCUCAGUGGAGGAACAAUGUCUGUAAAGAUAAAUAAAGCACUUUACUGUUUCUAUUCCUGUCUUAAUGCAUAAAUGCAUAUAGUGACACUGAUAUAAGAAGGUGAUUUCCACAAUGCAAGAUAUGUACAUACAUAUAUACACACACACACACACACAAAACCAAGAGGGCUGCAUAUUUGACUGAUGGCUAUGACUCUGAAGAACACACUUGCAAGCCUUGAAUAUAUAAGUUUUAGCAGCACAAAAAAUGUAUUUCCACUAUAAUGUCUUUAUGUUAAUACUGCUUAAAGGAACACUCCCAGCACUGUAACUGCUGUAACUUAGUUGUAGUGGUUAUAGUGCCAGUAGUGUACUGGUGCUCAUCCACUUUGAGUAGUAAAAUGGUUGUAGAGUGGUUUGACUUCAUACCUGUGGUGUGCAUGGCAGUGGCAGGACUAAUGUAGAGGGGGCCCUUGUGCACGAUUUCUUUGGGACCCUCUAGCAUAUGGAAGGACAAAAGGUACUUCCUUGACAGUCAUGCAACUCCCACAAAGCUUUGACAGUUGGAGAUCAACCAUUUUAUUUGGAUUGUAUUUGUGAGCAGUGCUUGUGUGUUUGGAUGUAGCAUGUUUUUGCAUGGAGUAUGCGUGUGUGAAUGUAGUAGUGUAUUUGUAUUUAUUGUUACCUGUUGAAUUCAGUUGCGCAUUUAUGUGUAAUGUUGGCAUUUUAAUGUAGAUGAGCAUUUGUGUGUACUGUUGGCGCUUGAAUGCUGAGAUGAAUGGACACAUACACACUGCCACACACAGAUAAACAAUUAUACUGACAUAAAUACACAUACAUCUGACACAUAUGCACACACAUACACACUGACACACACAGAUACACAUACACUCUGACAGAUACACACACUUCCUCCCAGUUCCAUCUGACAGGGGCUGGUCGCACUGUUAAUGUGCCAUGGCACCCGGCCCAAUAUCAGAGAUGCCCAUCAAGUGUCUCUAAGUGAGAAGGACACCCAUUGGGCCUAAACAGCGUGCGGGCCCUGGUGCAGCCACACUAGCAGCAAUUCAGCCACUGCCGCAUAGCGCAGUUCCUCUCUUACACUCCUAAUGUACAACUUAAAGCUCUUAAGCAGGAACUUCUGUUCUCCUGAGCUAAGCAACGCAAGGUUUACUCAUUGUCUAAGAGAGUCAACUGAUCACUCUCAUCCAAUAGAGUGCGCUGCUAGACAGCACAGACAGAGUGAUUUGUGAAGGAAAAAAAGGGAACCGAAGGAUGAAAUCAAACCAUUUUAAAAUUAUUUGAACACGUCUGGCACCAUAACCACUACAGUGUACUAUAGUGGUUAUGGUGUUUGGAAUAUUCAUGCAUAAUAAGUAUAUCCAAAUAUCUUAUUAGCUCACAGUGAUCAAUAAUUGAUGUAUAAUAACUAUAUCCAGAUAUAUUGGCUUAGAUACAUGUUCUGUUUAUUGUACGUUUUUAAUAAUAUUAUGAGCAAAUGUAAAACUUGGGAAUGGCUGGUUCAAUGGAAUAAGGCCAUAGUAAGUCCCUGUAUAUUAUGACAGUAAUGGUCAUUAAGAGGUUUAAUUGCUUGUUUUGGAUGUGGCAAUAGUUUAUAAAUCAUUGUCCAGGGUUAUAGAGAUAAGUAAGCAAUUAUUUCUACAUUUGUCCUCAAUGUGUUUUACAUAAUGUUAUAUGGCAUUACCAAUUAGCACUAUGGAGAAUUCCCUCUUACUUACACUAGACCGUCAUGAGAAGGUGUUUGGAGAAGUUGCCACCACUCAAAGUCCCCUUUACUCACAGUAGUAGCCCACUGACUCCUAAACCCGGCAAACAUUUAACCAGGCCCUUGAUAAACGCAAGUUAAAACUCACAAACUAUACUGUGAUAUUGCUAUUUACCUUAUGAAUACAAUAGGGAAACUUAUAAAGAUGCCCAAGAAAUUAGAGUAAGCCACAAAAGGUUUAUUGUUAUAAAAUGGGAAGUAUUAUAGGUUUCACUUGUAGAUUAUUUCGGAAGUCCUCCAUGCUUCCCCUUUGUCUUUAUCCAUCACUAUGGUGAAUAACAAAAUGGUAAUGUUCAUUUAAAGCCCCAUAUCAGAUGCCGUUUUGUUUCCCCUUAGCUUUGCAAUCCCUCUAGAAUGGGAACAAAACAAAAAACUGCAUUAUAUCAUUUUGCAAUCAUGGAAAGGUUGUGGUGCUUCUAUUGACACUUUAAAGUUGGCUAAGGUUGUAAAAAAAUUAAUUAUGCUAUGACUGGUAAGUUAUAUGGGCAAAACUAUAUAAAUACAAGAUCUCUCGUGCUAUAAUAUUUACUACAUUAACCAGGAAGUUGCAAAUACAUGUAUUAAAAAAAAAUGUUAUUGCAAAAUUAUGGAAAGUAUUGCUGUCAUUCUGGAAUUCAGCUCAAAGAUAAAAAAAUAAGGAAGAGUAAUUUUAUGAACUUAAGGGGAAAAAUAGUCUGGUGAAAUGCCCUUGUAAAAUUAAUUUGAGGGAAGUCAGACAGGUGUAAUAGAAGUUUCCAUUGUGUGAUAAGUGAAAGCAGUAUAGUAUCUAGACAAAUAUAUAUUUUUAUGCUAAGCAUUUAAAGAUGUCAUACAGUACAAAGCUGAAAAUUUGCGAAAUACCCAGAUCUUUUCAGAUAAGAUAAAGAUCAAUAAGUUUACAAUUAAAUAAGACUUGGACUAUAAAAAUGUAGACAUGUAAAAUAAAUGCUGUAAAAAUUUUUUUUUUUUAAAUCAUUAAACAUAAAAAUCCUUGUUAUAAGUAAUCAAGUAUGCUGAUUACCAAUAAUGAUAUAAUAUAAUUCAAACUUCCUUUAUUGCACAUUCUGUUUAAUUUAGAAUUUCUUAUCUCCUGUAAAUAGCCUUCUAUACCUUGCAGAAGACCCCGGUGUGUUAUUAAAGUUCAAUUUACAGAGUUGUUAUUGACAUAUAGACAGGACCUGGUACAGGUCCCCUGUGUCCCUACAUUGGGCUAUAAUUAAAUAAUAUCCCAGGAGGCAUAUUGGAUAAUCACAUGUGCCCCCAUGGGGGGCUAUAACAAAUACCUCAAGGGCAUAGUACCCCCCUGUGCUUCCACCCAUAGCCAGUAGGUGGGGGCUAUUAAAUAAAAUAAACAAGGGGAACCAGAGGCAUAAGGUGGGAACUAUUAAUAUUCUAAUAACCUGGGGGACUCAAUGUCCCCCAACUUCCAUGUAUUGGCAGCAGGCCGGGGCUAUUAAUAAUAUAAUAUUUUUUCCCACACAAGUCUUAAGCUAUGUAAGACUUGCCUGUCAAAGCUCUCUAAGAUUGCAUAGCUAAAGAAAACCCUUAUAAAGGCUUUCUCCAGUAUGCAGAAUCAGUCUGUGUGUGAUAUAUAAUUUCAUUUCAAUAUUUUUUUGUGUGUGCGUUGCGUUAUAUAUGACUAUAUCCCACCCUGUCCAUGCUUUAUACAAGGCAGUAGUGAGCAAUCCGUUUUAUUGCAUAACGAAAUGUCAUUGUGUGAUUUUUAACCUUUGUCUUCUUCUUUUAAAGGAAUUUUUCAGUAUGAGAAAACGUGCACGUACAAAUCGAAUGCUGUGUGUAAAUGUGUCCCAGGGAAAAGAUGUGCUGACAAAGACUGCAUGACAUGUAAAAAUAUUCCUUGUAAAGCAGGUCAACAACUUAUUGGCAAAAGUAAGGAUAUUGAUAUGUUAAAAUUUCAUCAAAAUUGCUAUAAAAAUUUAAUUUUUCUCUUUGGCCUAACACUCUAAAACCCUGUGGCUUAAAAAAAUAUCAAGUAACUGGGACAUUUAAAUGUCAUCAGACUUCCCCUGUUGCAUUUUGCCUAUUGUAACUGGGUGAGUUUUGGGUUAAUAGUUCAUAGCCAAUUACAGUAUUACAAGGAAUUUCAAGAUGAAGUCAAUAAAGGGAUUCAGAUCCAAUUACCUUAAUUACUCUAUUGACGUCCAUGUUGUUGAUUCCUGUAAUCUUUGCAAGCAAGAGACCGCAUAACAUUGUUAGCCAAAGUUUUUAAAUGACAACUAACUGCUAGGGUAGAAUACAAACCUUGCCUUUCUUUGUCUUAGUAGAAUGCAUAGACUGCCCAUAUGGAACUUUUAACGAUGGAACCGAUAAGGAAUGUAAAGCAUGGAAAAGGUAUGUAAUAAUGUUAAAAGUAUUAUCUUGUUGUAAGCAGAUUGUCAGAAUCAUUCUGUAUAUUAUUAGAUCGGUAUAUGCAUCGAGGAGGAUAUACAAUGAAUGCAGUGGAGAAAGCAGCCACACAGGACUGCAUUUGCCGCUACAGAAAGAAAGCACUUGCUUAGUGAUUUGUCUCAUUCUGAUGUGCCUUUCAUUUUGUAUAUGCAUCUCAUCCUCUAGACCAGGAGUAGGCAACCUUUGGCACUCCAGAUGUUGUAGACUACAUCUCCCUUGAAGCUUUGCAAGUAUUAUGCUCGUAAGAGCAUUAUUGGAGAUGUAGUCCACAACAUCUGGAGUGCCGAAAGUUGCCCUGGUCUAGACUGUAAGCUUGUCUGAGCAGGGUUCUCAUCUACCUAUUGUUCCUGUAUCAUUUUGUAAUUUUACCUUUUAUUGUUACAUUUUCCCCUACCAUAAUAUUGUAAAGUGCUGUGGAAUGAGUUGAUAGUAGUAAUAAUAAUAAUAAUAAUAGUAAUUCAUAUAUGUUGUAAGCUUGUUUGGGUAGGUCCCUCUUCACCUACUUUUCUUGUAUGUCAAACAUGCUUUGUUAGAUUCACUAUUUGUCUUGUUUUACAUUUUGAACAGCUUUGCAGAAUAUGUUAAUAAAUUUAAUUGUAUGUGGAAAUAGUUUUGUCAUAAUACAAUUCUCUCUGGUGUGUCCAUCAUGUUAUAUAUCUCAUUCAUAUUAUAUACACAUUUGCAAGAGAAAGUAUGUGAACCCUUUGGAAUGAUAUGGAUUUCUGCACAAAUUGGUCAUAAAAUGUGAUCUGAUCAUCAUCUAAGUCACAACAAUAGACAAUCACAGUCUGCUUAAACUAAUAACACACAAAGAAUAAAAUGUUGUCAUGUUUUUAUUGAACACACCAUGUAAACAUUCACAGUGCAGGUGGAAAAAGUAUGUGAACCCUUGGAUUUAAUAACUGGUUGAACCUCCUUUUGCAGCAAUAACUUCAACCAAACGUUUCCUGUAGUUGCAGAUCAGACGUGCACAAUGGUCAGGAGUAAUUCUUGACCAUUCCUCUUUACAGAACGGUUUCAGUUCAGCAAUAUUGUUGGGAUGUCUGGUGUGAAUCGCUUUCUUGAGGUCAUGCCACAGUAUCUCAAUCGGGUUGAGGUCAGGACUCUGACUGGGCCACUUCAGAAGGCGUAUUUUCUUCUGUUUAAGCCAUUCUGUUGUUGAUUUACUUCUAUGCUUUGGAUCAUUGUCCUGUUGCAACACCCAUCUUCUGUUGAGCUUCAGCUGGUAGACAGAUGGCCUUAAGUUCUCCUGCAAAAUGUCUUGAUAAACUUGGGAAUUCAUUUUUCCUUCGAUGAUAGCAAUCCGUCCAGGCCCUGACGCAGCAAAGCAGCCCCAAACCAUGAUGCCCCCACCACCAUACUUCACAGUUGGGAUGAGGUUUUGAUGUUGGUGUGCUGUGCCUUUUUUUCACCACACAUAGUGUUGUGUGUUUCUUCCAAACAACUCAACUUUGGUUUCAUCUGUCCACAGAAUAUUUUGCCAGUACUGCUGUGGAACAUCCAGGUGCUCUUGUGCAAACUGUAAACGUGCAGCAAUGUUUUGUUUGGACAGCAGUGGCUUCCUCUGUGGUAUCCUCCCAUGAAAUCCAUUCUUGUUUAGUGUUUUACGUAUUGUAGAUUCGCUAACAGGGAUGUUAGCAUUUGCCAGUGACUUUUGUAAGUCUUUAGCUGACACUCUAGGAUUCUUCUUCACCUCAUUGAGCAGUCUGCGCUGUGCUCUUGCAGUCCUCUUUACAGGACGGCCACUCCUAGGGAGAGUAGCAGCAGUGCUGAACUUUCUCCAUUUAUAGACAAUUUGUCUUACAGUGGACUGAUGAACAGCAAGGCUUUUGGAGAUACUUUUAUAACCCUUUCCAGCUUUAUGCAAGUCAACAAUUCUUAAUCGUAGGUCUUCUGAGAGCUCUUUUGUGUGAGGCAUCAUUCACAUCAGGCAAUGCUUCUUGUGAAAAGCAAACCCAGAACUGGUGUGUGUUUUUUUUUAUAGGGCAGGGCAGCUGUAACCAACACCUCCAAUCUCAUCUCAUUGAUUGGACUCCAGUUAGCUGACAUCUCACUCCAAUUAGCUCUUGGAGAUGUCAUUAGUCUAGGGGUUCACAUACUUUUUCCACCUGCACUGUGAAUGUUUACAUGGUGUGUUCAAUAAAAACAUGGCAACAUUUCAUUCUUUGUGUGUUAUUAGUUUAAGCAGACUGUGAUUGUCUAUUGUUGUGACUUAGAUCACAUUUUAUGACCAAUUUUUGCAGAAAUCCAUAUCAUUCCAAAGGGUUCACAUACUUUUUCUUGCAACUGUGUGUAUAUAUAUAUAUAUACACACACACACACAAUGGAAAUAUAUCUGUCAGAAAAGGGAGAGACUAGUGGGCCCUUUAUUCCGUUGAGCAAUAAAGAAAAUACAUUCUUGUUUUACAUUCCAGUCUGUUUUAACUCCUAUCAACUUAUCUGAAAGCCUGUUGUAUGAAGUUUAAAGAAAGGAUUGUGGCCAGUUCAUGUUCUCCCUCUUCCAAUUUUUUCCCUCUUUUUUUUUUCCCCCACCACUAAUAUUGUGUCUCUUUUCUCUUAAAGGACCACUAUAGUGCCAGGAAAACAUACUCUUUUUCCUGGCACUAUAGUGCCCUGAGGGUGCCCCCACCCUCAGGGUCCCCCUCCCGCCGGGCUGUGGGGAGAGGAAGGGGUUAAACCUCCGCCUCUUCGGCUGAACGCACAUGCGCGGCAGGAGCUGCGCGCGCAUUCAGCCAGUCCAUAGGAAAGCAUUCACAAUGCUUUCCUUUGGACGCAAGCGUCUUCUCACUGUGAAAAUCACAGUGAGAAGCGCUGAAGCCCUCUAGCGGCUGUCAAUGAGACAGCCACUAGAGGCUGGAUUAACCCAUUUAUAAACAUAGCAGUUUCUCUGAAACUGCUAUGUUUAUAGAAAAAAGGGUUAACCCUAGCUGGACCUGGCACCCAGACCACUUCAUUAAGCUGAAGUGGUCUGGGUGCCUAUAGUUGUCCUUUAAUAUUUGGUCUAGUGUUUCCAGCACCAAAUACUAUAUUCACAGAUCACUACAUUCCUUGGUGUUGUCUCCUCUUUCUUAUAUUGAAUAAAAAGUAAUUAAGUGAUUGUCAGAUGUUAGACUGGAGUCCUCUUUUUAUCUGCUUAAAAAUGUUUUUUUUAUAUAUAUAUAUAUAUAUAUAUAUAUAUAUAUAUAUAUAUAUUUUUUUUUUUUUUCUUUCUUUCAGCUGUGAGAACGGUCACAUUUUGCUUAAUGGAAGCAGUUCUUCAGAUGUGGUUUGUGCAGAUCUUAUCAAAACUACAGAAAAAUCUACCACAAUAAUUACAACAGUCAGAGAAGUAACAAGUAAGUCAAUUCGCACAAGAUACUAUAAAUAUAUAUAUAUAUAUAUAUAUAUAUAUAUAUAUAUAUAUCAGCAAGAAAUACUAUCUGGGAUACACACAAACACUUUAUACAACCCAUGAGGCAUGGGUGGCCUUAGCUCAGAAUAUAAAAUAUAAUAUAACCGAUAUGCGGUUAGUUAAAGGGACAUGCAUCCCUUUGAGAUAACGGUCUCAUUCUGCAGGCUGAAAAAAAAGUAUUUCUUUCUUUUCAUUUUUAUCUGCUUUUUUUUAUAUUUGCUUUGCACACCCACUUCAGGGGGACACAGAUCUAACCUGUGUCUAAGACUGUGUCUUAUCCCUAUGUAUGCUAGAAAAGUGCAUUGGGCAUGCCUUACAGAUUUACACAUGGGCAAUUGGAAGAUCUCUUCACCUUGCAAGAUCAUGAUAGGGGGAGAAAAGAUGGAGUCUGAUCAGUGUGAUGGUGCAACAUCAUGAUAGGGGGAGGAAAGAUGGAGUCUGAACACCAGACCAGACAAUGAUGCUCUGUUUUUGUAAUUAGUAGACUGUUCUGAAACUGAGAUGGGUAGGGAAGAUGGAGAGAGGGAUGGUGAAACUCUCCUAUCUGACCAUGUUUAUGUUUAUAUUAAGCUUAUGAUUUAUUACAUACUUUUAGAAUGUUUUAUUUUAGUUUGUAAAUUUGUUUAAAAGUGUUUCCCUGCUGUUUUAAAUAAUACUUGUCAAGUGAUACAUAUCCCUUUAAGAACCAAGACUUAUCCUUCUGGAUAGUUUUUGUUUUUCCUUUUAAACUUUGUAAUUCUGCGAUCAGUGCAAAGAGAAACGUGCCUUUUUCCAGGCAGCUCAGUUAGAUUUGUUAACUCACUACAUGCCUAACUUCAAAAUUUAAGUUUGGGAAAGGCUUAACAUUACUCAUUCCAAAGCUAUAUUGUGGGUAAUGGUAUUAUUCUGUUUCAAGUCUUAUAAGAAACUCAUGCAGCUCUUCAAACUGCAUUCUAGCUAUAGAUUGUUAAUAUUCCUGCACGUUCAUGUUCCCUUAAAAAAGGAAACAUUUACCCCAUCAAAAUUAAAAUCUAAAUGUGUAUUUAAUCCAAUGGGGUCUAAAUGUUUAUCGCUGGGUUACAACAGUUAACCACCAUUCAUCGUUUGAUAAACCCCUGUAAAUGAUCCUAUGGGAAAAAGAGAGGUGUAGGGUUCGUAAUGAAUUGAAAGGUAUUGCUCAUGGUAUUCAUCAUCUUAAGGUACAUUCAAAUAUAUUAUUCCAGAGAAUAGUUAUUAAAAGAUGGCAUCAUAUGGCAGCCCUGUGUUAACAGGGAGAAUGUGUGCUGUUGUAGUUUCAUUAUUAGCUAUUUGGUAGUUGUAGACCUGCUUCUGAGAAAGCUAAUGUUAGAUGCACCACUCAUCUCUCAGGAAACUCACCCGUUUCCUUUAUAUUUCAUGCACAAUCACUUUAUUUCUGGCUGUGACCACUCAGAAUGCAUUUUUAUUUCAUUGUUAAGCUAUUGAUAGAUAUUAUAGGAAACAGACAUGCAACUUGGGUCACAAAAGGGCCAACAUGGGAGUUCUGCUAACUUUGGGGCAGCUGGCCAAUUAACUAGAUUAUUGUUUUGCUGGUAUACCCCUAAUGAAAACAUGUAUACUUUUUUUUAAUCAGGGCUAUAUCUUUAAAAAAAACAGCUUGCAAAAGCUGCAGAUCUCUUGUCGGUAGUCUUUUCAAAGCCUUCCCUUCUAACCCCGCCCAGACUUUCUGUGGCUGUCCAAUCACAGACUUCCCUAUACAGCUCAAUAAGAAGUCUUUUGCAAGGCAGGUACACUGGGCAAGUUUGAGUUUAGUUCCACUGAGCCAAACAAACAGGAAGUAACAUGGCCAGUUGUCUGUCAGCCGGGAAGCUGUCACAAGUUUAAUUUAUAAAAAUGUUAGCUUCUAUUAAGUGGACAUACAUUUCACACAUAAAACAAUUCAGCAAGCUAAAGUGCUUUAAGGGUCUGGAGUAUCCCUUUAACAAUUAUGAAUGUUUUGGGGGAAAUGUAUUAUAUUGCAUAGAAUGUAUAUUGCAUGGAUCUUAAUUAUAAUAUCAGUAGCUUGAUUGAUAUACAUUUUUGUAAUGUUUUGAUACAUUUUUCAUUUAUUACCUGUAGGAAAACCAGACGAUAAUACUGUAAUGGUCAUAGUUUACAUUGGCAUCAUUAUUGCUGUUCUCCUAUUUGUUGUGGUGUUGAUCGUUUUGAAUCAGAAAUUCUUGAAAUGGGUCAAGACAAUGAAAAAUAAAGUAAAAAAAAGUAAGUCCUACUUUGAUUUUAUUGUCUACAAGUGAUACUGCUUUUACUUAAAGGGAGAAUAUAGUCACCAGAACAACUACAGCUUAUUGAGUUUGUUCUGGUGAGUAGAAUCAUUACCUUCAGGCUUUUUGCUGUAAACACUAUUUUUUUUUUUAAAUUCUUUAUUUUUUUAUUGUGCAUGGAGUAACAAUAGGCUUACUCAGCCACGAUAGCAGUCGUAAGCAGUAAUAGGCAUAACAAUCAAAACAGGGCAUAUGAAUAUACGGCACAAUUUUUUAAGUUUCGUUGAGAGAAAAAGUGGACAGUGGAUAGACAUAGUAAGUUACAAUUGAGCAUUCCUGUCUAUUUACGAUGAUCUAGGCGUUAAGUCAAAUUCAAAUACACAUGUAACAUAUACUAGGCAGGUCGUAAGUUUAACAUUUGUUUAUGCUGAUAAGGUUAAGUGGUUUAAUGCUUAUAAAGUAUGCUAAGCAAAUUACAUGUGUACUUUCUAUGUGUGAGCUAGUAUAGACUGCCUGCUUAUAACACACGAAUAGAAGAGAAGGUUACCAGGCAAAACCGGCAGAUGAGUAUGAGAGUAGCAAGUGUCCGGCCAUCCAGGAACAUAACCCGCGUGUGUAAUGCAACAUUUUACGAUAUGUGAUCAGACUUAGGCGUUGUGUAACGCUGUUAUUUCUCAAGACAGUGCCUGCCCUAAUGUUGAGAAUGUGCUGGGGUGGGGGGAGUGAGACCAGAUUGUCCCCAACGCUGUGUUAAAAAGAGAAGGGGGAGCAUGUUGGUGAUAGCUUUGACAGAAUUUCACGUGUAUUGUGUAGGCUAAAAUGCUCCGCUUGUUGGUGUAUUUUUAUGUAAUAUUUUGACUACGCUAUAUCUUUCGGGGUAAAUCAAAUAAGCCUAUCAAAUCAAAUGAAAACAAAUUAAAAGGAACAGUAGUUGUCCUUGGCGCUCCGCCAUUUAAGUCUCGUGUAAAAUAUAGCUUACAGGCAUUUUAGUUGUACCCAUUAGGCAAAAUCCCUAUGCAGAAAAAUGCUGAUAAAGUUAACUUUGCUAGGAUGUCCAACAUUAAGUAGCUCGGCGCGAGCAGGACAGAUUGCGUUGAAAGUCUCGAGAGUCACUUAGCCUACACCGGCUGCUGGUAUGAGGUCAUCCUUUGCAUUGAUUUUGUGCGUUGGCCAUUGACUCCCGCCAUGCUGCUCCGGGUCUUUAGUCUCCUCUACCCGCAGUCCUCUGCAUCGCUGAGUGGCAAACACCUGGAGUCAGCAACUGCGCUCGAAGACACGUCCCCCUCUGUCCUGAGGGCCAAGGGCUGAGCCUGUCUCGAGUUGGUGUCCGCGUCGCACUCCGUGGGUGGCAGUGUGCAGGUUUGUACUGUGCUGGUCCCUCGUUUCUGGGACCGCUGAGUGAGGGGUAGGUCUGGGCUUGUCCUGUGUUGCGGGGUUGUGGGUUUCAGUGUUUGGGGGGCCCAACUCAGUUUCCCGCCUGUUUGAGCUCUGGUUCUGCUGCAGUUUGGGGGUCGCUCUGAGUUUGUGAGGAGGAUGCCAUUGCAGGGUACGUUGGGCGGACUGGCGGAUCCACGCCACCACCCCUCUCAUUGCCAUGCGGUAGGGUUGCUUUCCGGCUUUGAGCUUUGCCCAGAGAUAGGUACUCAGCAAGUCUAUGAAGACCCAUGUGUGCUUGGGCGGUGCAAUGCGUGGGUGCUUGGUCUUAGGCUGCUCCGCCAUCUUGGUCGGGCCCUGUAAGCUUCGCCUGAUUGCUGACUUUGCCGCUUGUGGUGUAGCUGGAUUCUCGCUUAUAAUUGCCGGGAUGUCCCCCACCGGCAGGGGGGGGGGGGAGAGAUAAGGUAUUCCAGGGAGACCUUUAGCCGUGAGGACUGCCGCGGCAAAGGGAUCGGCCGCCUCCCUCGUUUCGCCCGGUCGGGUCCUCUGCAGGCCUUGGGUCGAUCUCCGGUAAAAGAUUGCCGCUUGCGGUCGGAUCUUCUGUCGCUCGUUGCCACUUCGGAAGAUCUCUGUUGCUGGAGCUGUUGUGCAGUCGGUUUUUAGGGCUUUCUUUGUUAAUUGUAGCUGAAUAUGGGUAAGUUGCCUCGGAGCCCAAAUAUUAUGCGACCGUUCAGCGUGGCUGCCAGGCUCCGCCCCGUAAACACUGUCUUUACAGCAAAAUGCAGUGUUUACAUUACAGCCUAGUGAUAACUUCACUGGCCACUCCUUAGAUAGCUGUUAGAGAUCCUUCCAGGGUCAUUGCUGCCUAAAAUGCAUCCAAACAUUCAGUAUCUCCUCCCUCUGCAUACAGACACUGAACUUUCCUCAUAGAGAUUCAUUGAUUCAAUUCAUCUCUAUGAGGAGAUGCUGAUUGGCCAGGGCUGUGUUUGAAUUGUGCUGGCUCUCCCCCAAUCUGCCUCCUUGUCAGUCUCAGCCAAUCCUAUGGAGAAGCACUGUAAUUGGAUCAGGAUACAACUUCUGAUGAUGUCAGCAGACUCGUUGCUAUUCUGAGGCAAACAACAUGCAGAGCUACAGCUUCAGGCUUGAAUGCAAGCAAGAGUUUGCUAUAUUUAGGAAGGUAUGACGGGCUCAGGGGGGCUAGAUGGUGGUUAUAACACUAUAGGGUCAGGAAUACAUGUUUGUGUUCCUCACCCUAUAGUGUUCCUUUAAAAUGUGAAUCAAUAUCAUAAUAUUGCUAAAAGAAAAAUAUCAUCUUGAUUUUAUGUCCACUCUUUCAAAGAAAUAUACACAGUUUAAAAGGACACAAUAGUCACCAGAACAACUACAGCUUAAUGUAGUUUUUCUGGUGUCUAUACCAUGUCCGUGCAGACUUUGUGUGGUAAACACUGCCUUUUUACUCUGUAGCCUAGGAAAACGUCUAGUGGCUACUCCUCAGAUGGCCACUAGAGGUGCUUUCUGAUGUUCAGCGUCUCAUCGCUAUACAUUGAGGUGCUGAACUUUCCCCAUAGAAAUGCAUUGAUUCAGUGUAUCUCUUAGGAGAUGCUGAUUGGACAGGGCGGCGUUUGGCUCCACUCCCCCGCCUCCUUGGCUGUGGUCACCAGAAUUGACAAUCUCAGCCAAAACAUGCUUUCCUGGGGGAAAGCUCAGGGGGGCUAGACAGUGAUUUUAACACGAUAGGGUCAGGAAUACAUGUUUCUGCUCCUGACCCUAUAGUGUUCCUUAAAUAUAUGACUAUAAAACAUUGGCACAGAAAUGGUUUGUGUCAUUGUUGUGCAUUUAAAAGCAAUAAUAUAGUGCAAGCACAAUUUGUAUUCUCUUAACAUUAGACUUGGAGAUUUUAUUUAUUUAUAUAUAUAUUUAUUUAUUUUUAUUUUUUUUUCAUUUAUUUUUUGUGUGUAGCCAAAUAGGGGGUGGGGAAGAAUGCUCCUGUAAGUGUACUGCAAAAUAUAUACUUCAUAUUUUUGCACUGGUUUUAUUUGUCUGAUUCAUAUUCUGAAUCCGUUUUUCAUUACCCAAAUUCUGCCGAACAUUUAUACGACUAAAAUUCAGCUGUCCCUUUUUUUAUUUUGUUUUUUACAUUUUAUUUAUUUUCAUAAGAUAUGGUUGUGCCAAAAAUUUUUUCUCCGUUAGCUUGUAUUAUGACAUCCUAACAGUACAUUUUGCUCAACUUUUAGUGCCUGUUCAGAUAAACACUCCAAAGGAAGAAGAUGCAUGUAGCUGCCACUAUCCAGAGGAGGAACAAGGAAAUGCACUAUUGCCUGAGCAACACUUGCAUGACACUGUCUAA